CAAUGAAGCACCGCGCAGUCCUAGCCGUAGAGCCAGAGACAAGACCGCCUCGUUGCUGCGGUAGCCUGGGUGCCGGGUCAGGCAACAAAUCAUAAAGAGUCCUGGGAUGUCCUGAUUACUUCCACAUCUGGUACCGCUAUACCUCGAUAUCUAUGUCUGACUUUCCCCGACCACACUAAGAGCAAACGAGUCAAUAGUAUGGCUGACGCAUCUGAUGCUCUCCAGGGUAUUGGGAAGACCGCCGAAGAUGUUUGGUUUUUCCCACAGGAGUUGAGGCACGGCCUCAACACAUCCGACCUCCAAGACGACGUAGUCCGAGAAGCUCUCGCCACUGCCUACGAGUAUACUAGGAGCGUCAUACCGGAAUGGCAAGACUAUGACAAAUACCUGGCAUUCAUGAAGACCAUCGUCAUUGCCGUCUUUGCCGAGUUUCGCGGCGAUCUGAUCCCACAGGACGGCAGGAGCUCAAUCCUCGGGUACGACUUGGAGGGGCUGCUGGAUACCCUCUUCCACGGUACUGGCAUGCGUAAUGCCAUGUCGCGCGAGUUUCGAGCCUUUCUUCUUAUGUCAGUGGAGAAAUCCAGCAUGAGGCUAGACUCGGAACUCUUUCGUCGCUACCUGCAUGCCCUGGCAGAUUCUCCCGAGAGCUGGUUCCGACUCCGCGACUGCGACGCACUGGUUCGGUUCACAAUUAUCAGCGCGCUCUCCUGCAACCAGUAUAAAGACCCGGCAUUCAGCGAGGAGCAAUGGUGCCUUAUUGGGGAGAUUGGCUGUACGCUCUACGACGCGGUCGCUUUCUACAAGCAUCGAGCAGAGGGCGAGACGAAUAGUACCUUCGCAUAUUUCGAGGCCGACGCGCGCGUUAAGCUCUUCAAGCUGUACCGCAUGCUUCUCUGGGCCCUAGAUGUUGAAUGGGCGACCGAUGCCUCCAAGCGCUGUAUCCUCAAUUUCCUGCGCCCAUUUGGGGGCCCUCUCCACAUGAUGACGCGAAGAUACCGCUUCGUCGAGGAUGACCUGAUGAUUGGAAAACCGGAGACAGAGGUUGUGGUGGAUUUGACGCGCGGUCAUUUCAAGCUCUGGAACCGAGUUGAGGAAACUGCCGAUGAAACGGUAGCACAACUGACCAGUGACGAACGGUACGCAGGCUUUAUUGCGCAGUCUGGCAAGCUGAUGUUCGAUGGAUUUUGCGACCUUCUACAGCGCAAUGGCAGUCGUGACUGUGCCAACUGCAGGCUCAGACCGCCAGGCACGUCCAGGGCUAUCCACCAAUUCGGAGGCAUCCAGCUGUGUAGGCAGUGUAAAGAGGAUUGGGGGCUGUACAUGGACGCGUUUCCCGCGCGAGUUGCAGCGGCUUUUCCAGAGAUGAAGGACGCUAUCGCAAAAGCGGUCACGCUUCCCACUUGAAGCUCAGAAGGCCUUGCUGGAUGUUACCUGCGUGGUGCGGGAGACUAUUUCGGGUAGAAGAACAAUCCAACGCAAGUACAAGCGCUUGGGUCAAUAAAAUUAGGGUUGCAAACUCAGCAAAUAAAUGAGAACUUGGGUAACCCAGCUACGGGGUCUUGUUGAAGAACCAACAUGUGACCUGUACUUUCCGUCAACUAUCAAGAUGAUCAUGGCCAUCUCAUUUCUCUAAAGACAAAGUCGGGAUCAUUGCGACAGCAUAACGAUCACACAACUACGGAGGUACUAUAUAUAUACAUACACAGACGCAUCAGUCAUUCACUACCUAGCUCUUUAUUUACCAAUACAAUUCUCAACGCA